AUGUUAACCUGCUGGGAAUUGUGGAUCCAAGUGAUGAUUAUUUUAUGUACAGUGGAUCAUUGACUACGCCAGACUGUGAAGAAAAUGUCUUAUGGUAUAUUUUUGAAACUGAGCAAGGAGUGAGCUUUGAGCAGAUGAAUUAUUUUAAUGAUACAUGGGAUGGAAGCUCAGCGUUUAAAAAUGGAAACGUGAGAUCUCUUCAACCGAGAAAUGGAAGAACUAUUCGGUAUUCUCAUUCCCUUGGAUACUGCCUAUCAUCAAUUCUUUUAUUCUUUAUUAUAA